CUCCCCUUCUCUCUUACCGAGAACCGUAGGUGACCCACGCGCGGCUCCCAGAACUAAGUAUCCCGAUCUAGAUCUUCUCCUGAUGCAGUACUAUACAGCCGAGCUCCACCUCUGCCAAGUAAUACUGUUUGACCAUAAACCGAGCAUCCAGCACCCGCGUCACGAUUCGCCCUUCCAGAUUAAAAUCCUGCGUAUAGGGCUGACCGCAGCGCGUACAUUACUGGACUUUUAUAUUGCCCUGCCCCUGCGUCAGGAGAUGGCUUUUAAUAAUACAGGCUGGGUACAGCUCGGCUUUGCCGUGACGCUGGCCUGCAAGCUGGUAGUCACCGCGGCAGACCCCUCAAUCCACCCCCAUACAAUGGAUUUAACCCGCGCGCUUAACCUCUCUGCCAUGCUAAGCCGGUGUGUUCUCCGUAUCCAGGCACUGGUCACCUCCCAGAUAGACGCCCGCGGCGAUUGUGACGUGUUUUACAACUACGAGAAGCGACUCAAGCGGGCGCAGUGGUGGUUUGAAAGUCGGAGCCUGUCCCGAUCCCAGCAGCAGCUGAAUGAGUCUUUGCCGGUGGGCGCUGGCGAAGCCUCGUCAACGAGGAACACCGGCAUCGCGGAGAUCCCCGCUGAAGAGGAAUUGAAUGGUUAUGCUGCGGUCCCGCGAGAUGACUUUGACUUCCAGUGGCCCGGGUUGUCUCCGAGUGCUGCCUUUGAUGAUAUGUUUGCCGAUUGGAUGACGCAGGGAUCUACUGGAUUUGGCUAA